UAUUCGAUUUGAAUUUAAAAGUGUUUUUAUUGCGAGUUUAAUGCCCGCAAUCUAAUUCAUUUUGUAGCAAAAGUGUUUUAACAAGGUAUAAUAUAUAUGAAAAACCAUCUAAAGCUUUUAUAUUCUUUGAGGGAGCUACUUUUAAAUUAAAAGAAUACUGACUUAAACUUAAAACUAAAAGUUAAGAGUGGGCAAGUGAGUAGAGUAGAUAUACAUAAUAGUUAAUACAGUAGAUGAAUGAUUCAUUGAACGCGUUGCAACUUAAAAUUUACAUGUUGAACUUGAAACCUCGCAUUGGCUAGCCCUACAAUACAGUUUAUCCUGGUACAAACAUUACCAGUGGUAGAUACAGGGAUAAUAGGUCUACUUCACUCUUCAGCCUUGGCUGCAAAGCGUAAAACUAAAAGACUGUAUAUCCGCUACAGAAGAAUUAUACUUAUAACAUAAGUUCCUUGUCAUUUGUGAUGAGUACACUGUGUGUGCAGCAGAUCAACCGUUGUGUUUUAGAUUACUUAUGAAAGACAAAAGGUGAAGAUCAGUUACAUAUUUCUGAAAAUUGUCAAAAAAUACAAAUAAACCAGAAUGUCUGAACCAGCCCAGGUUAGUUCUUUCCCACUUCCCCCCUUGCAGUUUGUCAACUGGUACACAGAUGAGAACAUUGAACGAGGGAGAGCUCCUUCUCCUCCAAAGCCUGUCCUGGAUUCCUAUACAAUGUUUGGUGUGCAUCUUCAGACUGAUGAUGUCAUAAUAAGACCUUUAGAAAGUCAGGGAAUCCGCCGUCUCUAUCCACAGAACUAUGAUAAUAAAAGAGAACUAAAAAAACUGAACCAUUCAAUUCUUGUAAAUUUUCUUGAUUUACUUGAUAUAUUGAUAAGGUGCCCCGAUACUUCAAAACGAGAGGAGAAACAAGAUGAUAUCAAAUUACUUUUUAUUCAUAUGCAUCACUUGAUAAAUGAAUAUCGACCUUACCAGGCAAGGGAUACUUUACGUGUAAUGUUGGAAGUGCAAAAACGACAACGCCUAGAAACUGCUGAACGUUUUCAAAAACACUUGGACAAAGUCAGGGAACUUCUACAUAACACAUUGUCAAGUCUUCCAGAAACAGCAGAUUUGGAUAGCAAUCUCAUAGUACCUGAAGAAAACAUGGAUACUACUGAAGCUCAUAAAGCAGAAUGCCAGGACUGUUACAGACUAGAUAAAUUAAUGUGUAACAUUAUUGAUGCAAUUUAAAUGGAUUAUUUAGGCUUGUAUAAAAAUAAUGAGUUUUAAAGUUAUAUACUUAUGAAAAGGUGUUGUAUUUUAGUUAAAAUCCUAUGCAAAUAGUUCAAAGCAAGAACCUUAAAUUAGACUUUUUAUCAUUUGUAUGAUACUGUACAUGUGUCUGAUGUAGAUGUUCCAGAACAAGGGGUGCUGAAAAAACAAUUUAAACUUCUGUUAUGCAACUUACCUGAAUUAAAACUUCUAACUGUUAUGCAACUUACAAAACUUCUAACUGUUAUGCAACUUACCUGAAUUAAAACUUCUAACUGUUAUGCAACUUACAAAACUUCUUAAGAAUCUUGCACUUUGUUUGUAAAGUCACUGUGAUGUUUAAAUUUUUCUAGUUACAUCUUGAUCAUUUUGCAAACAACACAACCAUGUUCAUUUACUGUUACAAAAUUUAGUAAAACUGACCUUUAACAAUUUUGACAUUAUCUCCUUCAAUUAGGGGUUUUGGGUCUUAUUACCAUAUUUGUAGCUAUUUUAUUGUCAUUUUACGCAUGAUAAAUUUUUUUUUCUUUGUGUCUAGAAGAUAAAAAUGAUGUUUCUUCCUCAUAACCAUCAGAGUCUGCAUAGCAUAUUUGAUUGUAAAUAAAAAGUCAGUUCUUUUUGUUAUAAAUGAAAAUGUUAAUAUUCAGGUUUAUAUCCAGAACAGAGAAAAUUGUCCUUCAAUAACACAGAUGAAGAAAUACUUAGCUGUAAUCAAAGAAAGAUGUCAGUAAUGUGGUUGGUGAAGAUGCAUGUUUUAGGGUUGGAAAGAAAUAAGAGGUGAAUAGUUUCUUUGAAUUAUAGUUUUUUCACACAUCAACUUGUGAUAACAAGGUUCAGAAUAUAGAGGAAGGAACAACUUGUAAUAACAAGGUUUGGAAUAUAGUGGAAGGAACAACUUGUGAUAACAAGGUUUGGUAUAUAGAGGAAGGAACAACUUGUGAUAACAAGGUUCAGAAUAUAGAGGAAGGAACAACUUGUAAUAACAAGGUUUGGAAUAUAGAGGAAGGAACAACUUGUAAUAACAAGGUUCAGAAUAUAGAGGAAGGAACAACUUGUAAUAACAAGGUUCAGAAUAUAGAGGAAGGAACAACUUGUAAUAACAAGGUUCGGGAUACAGAGGAAGAAACAACUUGUGAUAACAAGGUUCAGGAUAUAGAGGAAGGAACAACUUGUAAUAACAAGGUUCAGGAUAUAGAGGAAGGAACAACUUGUAAUAACAAGGUUCGUGAUACAGAGGAAGGAACAACUUGUAAUAACAAGGUUCGGGAUAUAGAGGAAGGAAAUUGUGCAUACUUUUUUACAAAAUAUGUAAUUGUGUAAUCACAAAAAUAAAAAUACAUUUCUGUUUUUUAA